GAAUCUGCAUAAUCGACACCGAAUGUUAUUUCCACCACCUGCUUUGGUUGUUUCCGUCUUCCGUGAGCUUUUGAGAGAAUGGGAGACCGCAGAAAAAAGCACCGUCGUCUACCCGACUCCCCCACCUCUUCAUCCCAAUCUGAAUCCGACACUGAAUCCGACUCCCAAUCUGAAUCUGAAUCCGACUCCGAUCGCCCUUCCAGGCGCCGCGGCCGAAGCCGCCGCGAAAAGGACCGCCGCAGGCGGAAGGAGAAGGAGGACGAGGAGCGCAGGAGGAGAAGGAAGAAGAAGGAGAAAAAGAAGAAGAGGAGGGAUAGAGACAUGAAAUCCAGGAAAAGUAACAAGAGGCUCCGUGAUUCUGAUGCUUCUGAAUCUUCGGAUGAGGAUGAAGAGAGGUCACCUAGGGUUGAGCCUCAUGCUGUGGUCCGUGAAAUCAUGAUCGAGUUCCCCAAUGUUGCCACUGAUUUGAAGCAGCUCUUGCAAAUGAUUGAUGAUGGACAAGCCGUUGAUAUAAAGGGUAUAUCAGAAGAAUCUCUCAUGAAGCAUCUGAAGAAGCUGUUCCUAUCACUAAAGCUGAAGGAAAAUGGAGAUAGAGUUUUCUUACUUCCUUCUAAAGCUCACCCCACUUUGGAUGUUGUUGGCCCUAUAAUUCACUCUUUUAUGGAUCCUAUGAAGGAGCAAGCUGAUGCUUCUGCAGCGAUACCUGAAACAAGUUCAGUUCCAGUAGAUGCAGGGAGUGAGCAGGCGGCAAAUGAGCACAUAACAGGAAAUCCAGAUGAUAAUUCUCCUGGUCCUAGAAAAAGGAUGAUUGGUCCUGCAAUGCCAUCUGCUGAGUUACUUGCUGCUGCCGCCAAAUUAACAGAAGCACAGACUGAGCUUAAUGAAGCUGAGUUGGACGACGAUACUGAACUAUUUGUGGGACCUCCACCACCUGCUAUGGUUUCUGAAGCAGAAUCAGCUAAUGAAGCAGAGCGUUUUGAAGAGGUCACCAGGAUCAUGGAAGUUGAGGCUGACAGCCCAUAUGAUGUUCUAGGAGUUAACCAUAAUAUGUCGAGUGAUAACAUAAAGAAAAGGUAUUGGAAGAUGUCACUUUUGGUUCAUCCAGAUAAAUGCUCUCAUCCUCAAGCCCAUCAAGCAUUUAUUAAGUUAAAUAAAGCUUUCAAAGAGUUACAGGAUCCAGAAAAGCGGAAAGCAAUGGAUGAGAAGAUCAAGCUCAAGGAAGAACAGGAGCAGUUUAAGGUUGAACUUAAAGCUAUGCGUGAGGCUGCACUUUGGAGAAGAACGCAAGGUAUAUCAAUGGAGGGCGAUGAUGAGCUUCUGGCACAGACAGAGGUUAAAGUGGAGCCAAAAAGAGAUGAAUGGAUGACAACAUUGCCUCCAGAGAGGAAACCCGGUGGUGUAACUAUGCAAUCAACCAAGUUUAGUCGGGGCACAAAGGAAGGUCGAGGAGAUACUAGCAUUUGGACAGACACCCCUUCUGACAGAGCCCAAAAGGCGAAGAUGAAUUAUUUGGAAGCAUACAAUGAAGCUACUGCGCUUGCCUCGAAUGAAGAGGAAAAGAAAAAGGCUAGUGCGGAUGCAGAGUUGGUGGACAAAUACAACAAGGCAAAACGAUCAAAAACGUUGAUGCAGAAGCAUCAAGAAGAGGUUUCUAACAAGUCCAAGAAAAAAUCGAAGCAGCAGAAGCCAGAGAAGGAAGAGUGGGUGGGUCAACAUCCAUGGAAGCCGUGGGACCGCGAAAAGGAUCUGACAGCUGGAAGGAAAAGUGUAAAACUUGAUGCAGAAGGCAUGUCGCAGGGCUUAUCUUCAAGGUUUUCUUCCGGAAACUUCCAGAGAAACUUUCUAUGAAUGAUUCGAUUAGGAGUUAAGAUGUCAUCUUUGAAGCCCUUUUGCCUGGACAGGAUCUGUUCAAUGAAACUUCUUAGAAAAUUGAUUUGUCUUCUAAUGGUUGGUUCCUGGCAUUUUUCGACAUCGUCGUUCAUCUUUUUUGACGAACUCUUCUUAGAGGAACUGAUCCCCUGUAGUUAAAUGCAUACCUGCCUGUAGGUGCUGCUGAGUACAGCCAUGUGCUUCUUGCUACGAAGAAUUCUAAUCAUUCAGUUGCACUCGGAUGAACACUGAAUAUUCUCUGGUGAAGUUCAUUGAACAAAUGGCUUGGUUCUAGCUACCAUACAGAUUGUGCAUUUAUCAAGCAUGUUAAUCUGUAUUAUCCAUUGUGCUUGUGCCCUUGUUUAUACCAGCCAGGAACAUACUACAGAUAUAGUGACUAGGAUUCGACCUCUGUAGUAAGUUUAUAUUUUUCACUGAAUUAUUAUAGGGAAUGUAACAUUAAAUCUUGCGCUAUACAAGUUGAGUAAUUUCCAUGUUAAUAGUUGGCUAUAUAGUUUGAACAUUUUUUAUGAGGUAGUCAAAAGUUAUAACCUAUCUUUAUGUUG